GUCCGUUUCAGCCCACGCCUUGCUCUCUAUUUAUUACCAUCCCAUACUCCAUUACUAUUUAGUUCAUCCUUUCCAUCCAACAUGUCACCUAGUAUCACGACGGAAAACGGCGAAUGUGCCUCCCAUCAUCUUAACGGGAAGACCGCAACGGAAGCCACGAAAUACAGCAAUGGAGCUGCCAAUCCUAGCGAGACUAUUCGUGAUGCGAUUGACACGGAACAAGUCCGAUCUCACUUUCCCAUUCUCAGCAGCGGAGAGACUGUUCUGUUCAACAAUGCGUCAGGGACUGUGAUACUGCGGGAUGCUGUCACGGCAGCGAGUGAUCGCAUGAAUGCUAUGCCACUGGACCGUGGAGACGGAGACCCUCGAAGUGACGCGGCACAAGCCGAAUAUGCCAAGAAUUGGAACGAGUGUGCGGCCUUCAUCAAUGCUGAGCCGUCGGAGAUUGCCUUCGGACCGUCCACAACUGCUUUGAUGCGGCUGUUAAGUCAGUCCAUACAACCAUAUCUCAACACAGACGCCGAAAUGGUCUGCUCUACCCUGUGUCAUGAAGCGGCUGCAGCUUCAUGGGUCCUUCUCGCCCGAAAUCUGGGCAUCACCAUUAAAUGGUGGACACCGUCACAAGACGAGACUGAUAGCCCUUGCCUGACGGUUGAGUCACUCAAGCCUCUUCUGACUCCCAAAACACGCCUCGUUACUUGUAACCACGUCUCCAAUGUGGUUGGAACAAUCCAUCCGAUUCGGGAGCUGGCCGACCUUGUUCAUACCAUCCCCGGCUGCAUGAUUGCUGUGGACGGAGUCGCCUGGGCUCCCCAUCGUCCCGUCGACGUCAAAGCACUUGACGUGGAUUUCUACUGCUUCAGCUGGUACAAAGUCUUUGGUCCACACCUGGCGCAGUUAUAUGCACACCGCCGCGCACAAGACCGUUACAUGAGCAGCAUCAACCAUUACUUCCUCGACCACUCCAGCCUUGACGGCAAACUUCACUUGGGCAAUGUUUGCUACGAGCUGGAAGCAAUGUGUGGCCCCAUAUCCAAGUAUUUGGGCAAUCUUGGGUGGGACGCCAUCAUCCAGCAGGAGACAGUCCUGACUAAAGUCUUUUUGGACUACUUGCUCAGCCGGCCCACGGUCUACCGAGUGUUUGGAAAGCGUACUGCAGAUCCAAGUCAACGCGUGUCAAUUGUGAUAUUCGAGGUACUUGGACGCAAGUCUAGUGAUGUUGUGAUGCAGAUUCAUGUUCGUGACAAAUUCCGGCUCUUAUGGGGUGAUGGUUGGGCACCGCGAGCAACAUUUGAUGUUCUGCGGCCUCACAGCGACGGGAUUAUUCGAGCCAGCUUUGUUCACUAUAACACGGUGAGCGAGGUUCUAGCAUUGUGUAAUGAGCUGGAGGAGGUAAUCUCCACUUGUAAUUAACAGCAGGUAGACCUAGUGCUUAACGCUUGUAAUAGAGAUGUUUGGUAAGAAUGUGAGACUGUGC